AUGGAAAACAUUCUGAAAGCAGCCGUAGCGGCAGCAUCCACGUCAGCAUCCAGUGUGCCAUCUCCAAACUCAGUCCAUACCUCGUUGGCCAAUGAGCAUGCAAUUCAGCAGCAGAAUCAAGUCAUUCACAAUCAUAACAACGGCCUGGAGAACAUCCCACAGUAUCCUCCAAUCGGGUUUGAUUUGAACACAAUCUCAUCGCUGUCCGGCUUUCAGGUAAGAGGUUUUCGCGGCGGGACCAAGUUUUUUGGGGAAAUUUUGAAGAAAAUCGAAGAAUUGUAAAAUACGUUGUUCUUAUUUAUCUCCUCAUAUCAAAAUUAGUUUCAUUACAAUCUAAGAUGUCUAUGGGUCAUAAUAGACACAAUAAUUUUUUCGAAAAAAUUGCUUGGCUAUAAGAAAAGCGAGAUUGUUUUUAGCGUGUUCUUUUGAGGGUCUAGGCAAAAAACGGCGGAUUACCUUAAGAGUUAGUGCAUAUUUUGUUGUUUUGAUGACAUUACAUCAUAUUAGACGUCCUUGACUUUUAUUAUAAGAUAAUUUUUUUUAAUUUUUAUUUCUUGUUUUGAGAUUUUUUGGUCUUUCUUUCAAAUUUUUUGAAAAUUUUUCAAACCUUGAAUUUUUUCCCGGUUUAAUCUAUCCGUAUUUUACAAAAGCCUAAAAAUUGCUCUUUACAAAUCGCCCACAGUAACUUCCACACUUUUUCCAGAACCCCAACGGCAUGGGAUUUGGCCAGCGCUACCCAUUCUACGACCAAAACAGUCUUCAGAAGCCGCUGAUUAUGAACAAUCAGUCGCAGCCAAACGGUGGUAAGUGAAGCACCAGCCCCUAAAACAUGCAAACUCAAUUUCCGCGGUUCAAAAGCCAUCCCAAUCCCGACGAAAAUUGAAUUCCGCGCACUGUGCGCCGAGAUUUGCUCGACUUUACGGGAAAUUGAGGAAAAAGUUAUGCAAAUGUUUGGGACGUGAUGUUUCUGAAAUUCUGAAGAGCUUAGAUUUUACAUUUUUUGAUUUUUUCAAUACCAUUUUAGGGUCUAAAAUGAGAUUUUUUGAUUUUGCACUGUGCAAUGGAAAGUUUUCCGCACCGUGCAGUUUUUCGAGAAGAUUGCACGGUGCAACAGUGCGAAAAAUAAUCUGCACAGUGCAGAAAAUCAUUUUUUGUCGCAAGAUUUUUUGUUCGACCGCACAGUGCGAUGAUUUCCUUGAUCUUUUCGACUGCACCGUGCAAAUAAAUUUUUGCACUGUGCAUGGAAAACUAGCGACAAAGUUGCGACAAAAAUAUUGUUAUGGCCUUUUUUAGACAUCAUUAUUACUGUCUGAUGUAAAAUUUUACAACUUUUACAUUUUGCACGGUGCAAAGACCUCAUUUAUUUUUUCGCACCGUGCAAUCAAAUUUAUGAUGUUUUUGACUCCAAAAUAGGGAAAAAUGAAAAAAUAAGUUGUAAAUUUGCAGCAGUAAACUUGUCGGUGCAUGGUGCUCCAGCGACCUCCUCGCCGAACCACAGCAACACCACCAGUUCGACUCCAAAUUCCCAGAAUACCACAUUGACGCACAAUACGAAUAACUCGGGUUCCAACGGGUUGAAGGAUGAGGUAAGAAUCCUAAAAUCUUUUUUGCUCUCUUAAGCGAUUACAUUUUAAUUUUGAAGACUAUCAUUCAAUUGUCAUUGAUUUUAGGGGCUGUUUAAUCCAAUGAACUCGUGUUUUCCCUGCAAUUCGCUGCCGGUCCCCGGAAAAACCAACAAUAAUGGGCUUCUGCAGCAAGGUAGGUAACUGUACCGUCUCCACCAUGAACGCAUAUACUUUAACGGACAUGGGAAAGCCCUAAUUACCGCACUAGCAUGAUUUUCGAUACAAUUGCGGGGGUCACUUAGGGCCGCCGUCUUUCGGCAAGUCCUCAAGACGGGCCACCUUUUAAUUGUUUCGACUGGGGCGGAAAUUGCGCGCAUCCCUUUCUUGGCCACUCAACGCUGGCCCCGCGUCUUUGAUUAGAGAUGGGCUAUUUUGAAUUUGCGGCUUCAAUUAUGAAACAAUGAAAAUUUGGGUCAACUGGGGAAGGUGAUGAUUUUUUGGUCAUAAUUCAGUGGCAAAGAAAGAUUUUGACUUGAGAUUUGACACAGUCAGAGAUGGUAGAUAGUUUUAACAGAUACUAUACUAUCUUUUUUGGAUAUGCAAAUUUCCUAAAGUUAUGAUGAAAUUUUGAAAAAGGUUCAAAAUUUUGAUGUCAUACUCAAGAUUGUGCUCCAGCUCAGCCAUAAAUAGACCCACUGACUUCAAAUUACCGCAUAACAUAGCUACUACAGCCCUCUACAAUACUGUAAAAUUCCAGUUACAUCGAUGUUUUACUCUUCAAGAUAUGACCAAAAUUUUAUAACCUACCAAAGCAUAUCCCCAAUUUUUACAAAACCUCCCGCAAUACCGUAACCCUCAUGCCUUGAGGCAAUAAAACCCAAACAAAGAGAAUCAGUAACCAACCGAACAUUUAGAGUGCAUUUUCGAUGGGCUUAUGUCAUGUCAUGACCCCAUUCAGCGGCAAUUACUUGCGGCUCUCCCUUUUUUUGCCGCAAAAUGUUUUGCGCGACAAAGAAUGGGUAAUGGAGCCGUAAAACGGCCGUGUUUAAGUGUCUUGCAACAUAUUCGACCAAGCUCUCCAUUCUACGGAACUUAUACUGUCAAAUAAGGGGCAAUACAAUAUCGAAAAUAGAGAUUUUUUGCGAGGAUAAUCGAAAAAAGAUGACUUUUUGGUCAAAAAAUUUUAUUUUGAGAUUUUCAUCCAUCUGAAAUGGCCUGAAAAUUUGAUGGCCCUCAUAAAUAACGUCUUGACAUGCUAUAGAAGACAAAAAACGCAAAGAUUCGCGGGGUUUAUUUGAUUUGAGCGCCGAAAAAGGCAAGAGACAAAUGCACUGUGCGGCACAAUGAAAACCCGCACCAAUUGCGCAAUUUUAAUGCAAAUACACAUGCAGGAGGUGAGUAAUGGAGGCGGUGGGCUACAGAAAAUUCUAUAAACAUAAUGGAAAAAUGAUUUUUUCCGAUUUUUUAGCAAGUUUGAGAUUUUUUUAAUUUAAAAAAAAAUAAUUUUUGUUACAGUAACCCAAUUUUGAGAUUUCAAAAAGUCAAAAUAGCAUUUAUUACAUGAUAUAAACAGGUUGGAAUAAUGAUUUUUUCCGAUUUUUUGCAAAUUUGAGGUUUUUAAAAAUUUUUUUAAAAUCUAGUUUUUGUUACAGUAACCCAAUUUUGAGAUUUUAAAAAGCCAAGAUAGCAUUUAUUGCAUUAUAUCAACAUACUGGAAAGACACUUUAUGCGAUUUUUUUAUAAAUUUGAGAUUUUUAAAAAUUUUUGAAAAUCAAAAUUUUGUUACAGUAGCACUAUAUAACGUAUUUUAACUUGAUUUGCAUCAUAACCUGCUCAAAAAUUUUUUUAUUUCCAAAAAAAUUCCCGGUUUCCCCCAAAAAAUCCCAAUUUCCCCAUCCACUAUUACAGUAAGACAAGCCUUUCAUUUCGCUUGAAAUGACCUCAAGAUGGUCCGAAAAUACAUUGUCCCUAAUAAGCGUGCAAUUACAGCGCACAAAACAACUGUUGCCAGCGAAAAAACAUUAAUUUAUUUUAAUCCCAUUGGGAGGCGAUUUCCGGCGCGGAUUUACCCACCGUUAAACACAAUACGCACACAAUAGAGGCGAAAUUUAUGGGGUAGCGAUUAUUCAGCAAGAUGUAUAUGGGCGAAAAAUGACUUGCUUUUGAGCGAUUGCUCCUUGGGGACAGCUCGAAAAAGGGCCGAGAUCAAGGUCAAAACAGCGAUUUAUGACUACUGUAGCCAAAUUCUUGGCUGAAAUACAAUGUAAACUAUAUGAUAAGGCAAUUUAAAGCUCUGUGAAGCUCUGAAACUUUUCAAAUUUCCCCUAAUUCCACAAAAUUUUGGCGCAAUUUGCAUGUCUUUGGAAUGAAAUUAGCGAGUUAUUGUUUCCCUGGGCCAACAAUCGAAUUCCGCGCGCAUUAGAGUGGAAGAAUCAAGAGACUCCGAGCCUAACGAGACCACAUUGACCUCUAGCUUUAAUUAAUCCGCGCGGAUUAUCGGAUUAGCCGACUACCGUAAUUUGCGGGGGAAAUUGAGGAAAAACAUGGCGAAAAUAUAUGAAAUACUAGACAGCUAUUGCCGUAUUUUACCAUUUUGAAAAUCCAUGUUCAAUAAUAAAUCAUUUUCUGUCGAAAAAACCCAGUUUUAGGACAUAUCAAGUUUUCGUGGUGAGACCAAGAAGCAAUAAUCUCAAGUUGUAUACACUUCGUAGCGUAAAAUAUCUGUGUGUCAUAUGGAAAAAUCAUGACUUUUGGCCAAAAAAAUGACAUUUUUUCAUUUUCAAGUUUUCGUGGUGAGACCAAUUCAUCAUGGAGGUUUUCUUAUUUUACAUGAUAUUACGACGAAAGACGACGUAUUUUACCUCUUUUAAAUAUUUUAUUUGAUAUCCCAUCAUUUUUAACCCCAAAAUUCCAUUUUUAAGCAAAAUCAAGUUUUCGUGGUGAGACCAAUUUAACGGUUGAGGGAUCCAAAAUCAAUCAGGAAGGAAUACUGCGAGGCAACGUAUUUUACCUCUUUUAAAUAUUUUAUUCGAUAUACCAUCAUUUUUUAUCUAAAAAUCCCGUUUUUAGGCAAAAUCAAGUUUUCGUGGUGGGACCAAAGGCUUAAUGAAAAAGCUCUGUGCACGUUGUAUUUUCACACUCUGGUACUUUUUAUGCAAAAUAAAUCGCUCUUUAUCCAAAAAAAUCCCAUUUUUAAUCAAAAUCAAGUUUUCGUGGUGGGACAAAAUUCCUGUAAGCAGUGCCGUAUUUUACAAUUCAAAACCCGGUUACGAGAGUUAUUUGCACAGAUUCGCUUCCGCGCCGGAUCAUAACACCAUCUUCGAGGGCGAUUAGGCGACAGUAAACAGGGCGGCCCUCUUCUUCUCGCCGCCAAAACCGGUGCAGAUGCGCAAAUAAAAUUGAACAAGAUUUACGAACUGGUGCGGAUAUUAGAUGAGGUCAGGAAGCGGUGCCGGAGGUUCCUUUGGCAACUACAAGUCAGAAGUAAACAAAAGUUUUUUUGCACUGUGCAUGUCGCAAAAAUCACUCCAGCGACUUUACGAACGGAGCCGUAGGCCAAGGGUCGUAGGCUAAGAAAAAUUCGAAUUGAAACCAUGAGAAAUCCUUGGCAUUCCGUGUCAGCUCACGCAGGACCGUUAUAUACUACAGUGACGGACCUGAUCCAGUGGCAAAAAACUUACCAUUUUGCAUUCGGGAAGUAUCAAAAAAUGUGGCAAAAUGCCUCCCUCUCUAACUGAAAAAACAUCGUUUUGAAGGGCCCUCACAAAAAGAGAGGGCGCGCUUUUGAAAUCGGAGUUUUUUCACUUGGAGAGGGAGGUAUUUUGCUACGUUUUUUGAUGCUUCCCGGAUGCAAAAUGGUACGUUUUUUGCCACUGGAUCAAAUCCGCCACUGCAUGUUGUCAAGACCUUGGUAUGGGUCAAGUAAUAAGGGUCCCUAAUCUAGUUCAACCUAAGAUCCCUAGCCCUAUGCGAAUACAAGGACAACAGAAACAAGCGACAACACAACUAAUUAUGAUCUAGGCAACAACUUCAAAAAUGAACUCACAAUACUUGAGGAACCAACUUCACAAGCUGACCAUAGACACAAUACUAAUAGACUACAGUAGAAAUACCAUUUAUUGCAACUUCCAACCGGGAAAACAAACACAAAAUAAUCAUAAUAAUUGGCGAUUUCUCUUCCUUUUAUACCAAUUUGUCGGUCAUUACGUGGGAAUAUGCAAAUUCGCACGCGAAGUCGUGACAAUGUAGAUUAUACAAAAAAAAAAUCAAAAAAUCUCAUUUCCCCUCAAAAAUCGAAACUUUUUUCAGAUCCCUACCAAAUCCUCGGCCCCACCUCGCAACGUCUGGCCAGCGCCGGCAGCGGACAAAUCCAGCUCUGGCAGUUCCUGCUAGAGCUCCUGUCCGACUCCCGCAACGCCUCCACCAUCACGUGGGAGGGCACGCAAGGCGAGUUCAAGCUGGUCGAGCCGGACGAAGUUGCCCGCCGCUGGGGCGAACGCAAGAGCAAGCCCAACAUGAACUACGACAAGAUGAGUCGCGCUCUUCGAUACUAUUAUGACAAAAAUAUCAUGGCCAAGGUCCAUGGAAAACGAUAUGCGUACAAAUUCGAUUUUCAAGGUAGGAAGAAGUUUUUUUGGGAUUUUUUGAAGAAAAAGUGGGAAAAAUGAAAAAAUGACGUCAUAUUUUGAUGAAAUUGGGCAUAAAUUUAGACUAUUGAGGAUUUUUUGAAAGAUUUUUGAGAUUUUUAGCUAGCAAUUUACCAAAAAUCAUUAUGAUUUUUAGGCCGAAAAAUUGAAAAAAUAGGGAUUUUUUGGGAUUUUGAGAAAAAAUCAAAGAAAAUGAUGUCAGAUUUUGAUGAAACUUGACAUAAAUUUAGAUUAAGAUUUGUUGAGGGACUCAUCAAUAUUUUUAAGACGAAAAAUCAAAAAAAAAUCCCGAUUUUUUUGGAUUUUCAAAAAAAGCAAAGAAGAUUGAAUUUUCACUAAGUGUCAUCCAAUUCUGAGCGAAUUUUUUUCGAAAUUUUUUUCGAAAAAUUUCAAAAAUUUUGGAUUUUUUUGAAAAUUUUUUUUAUCAAUUUCGAUUUUUCGGACAAUAAUAUAACUAUUUGUAUCAUUUUUCAUCACUUUUAUAACUGUUAUCCCCCCAAUAAAUCAUCAUUUUCAGGGAUUUACCAAGCCCUUCACCCGCAAACCGCGCACGGUGCGUCGGCCGACCUAUUCACGCAUCCCGCCCGUUUCCAGCACGAUCUCAUGCAACACCCCUCGUGGCAAAACUAUCGCUUCAUCAACCCGGGCUUCCAGCCGUCCGCGAAUUUCUUCAACGGCGCUAUGGGCUACGGCAACUUCGGGGCGACGAAUAUGAGCGCACCGCGCAAUUUUUCGUUGUACAACUCGACCAACUACACCCCGAAAUGUUUGUAA